AUGCUAAACAUUGCUAUUGUCGGUCCCGGCCUCGUCGGUGGUGCUUUGGUCGAGCAGCUUGUCGCCCACGCCCAGUCCGCGCGCUUCGCUUCCCUGCCCAUCGCCCUCGUCGGCUUGAUCAACUCCAGGAAGAUGGCAGUCUCCGCCACGCCCUUCGCCGCCACCGACCUGGCCGCCUGGCAGUCCUCGCUUCUGGGCAGUUCGGCGCAGCCGGCUGACCUGACCGCCUUCGCCGACACCCUGGCCACGCUGCCUUCGCCCACGGCCAUUGUGGACUGCACGUCCAGCGACGCAAUCGCGAACCUGUACCCGUCGUGGCUGUCCAGGGGCCUGCAUAUCGUGACGCCGAACAAGAAGGCCUUCUCGAACGAGCUCUCGCUGUUCCGUGAAAUCCAGAAGCUGACGCAGACCGGACCCUCGGUCUUCCACGAGGCUACCGUGGGCGCUGGCCUGCCCGUGCUCUCCACUCUGAACGACCUGAUCCGCACCGGCGACAAGAUCAAGACCAUCGAGGGCAUCUUCUCCGGCACCCUGUCGUAUCUGUUCAAUACCUUUUCGGCACCUGGUGCCACCCAGCAGUUCUCCGAGUGCCCCGACCCCCGAGAUGACCUGAACGGCAUGGACGUUGCCCGCAAGGUCACUAUUCUGGGCCGUGUCGCCGGCCUCGAUAUCGGCACCGACACUCUGCCGGUCGAGAACAUCGUGCCCGAGGCAUUGCGCUCGGUCGCCUCGGCCGACGAGUUCAUGCAGCGCUUGCCCGAGUUCGAUGCCCACUUUGCUCAGCUCAACCAGGACGCGAUCAAGGAAGGUGCAGUGCUGCGCUAUGUCGGCAAGGUCGAUGUUGCUGGCGGCCAGAGCUCCGUCAAGCUCGCCAAAUACCCGCUCGACCACCCCUUCGCCUCCCUCAAGGGCAGCGACAACAUCAUCGCCUUCACCACCGAGCGCUUCCCCAACCCGCUCAUUGUCCAGGGUGCCGGCGCCGGUGCUGCCGUCACCGCCUUUGGCAUCUUCGCUGACCUGAUCAAGGUCGCCGCUCAGUUCGACCGCUCCGCCAAGAUCUGA